UUCAUGGCGGAGCUCCCAGUCACUCGGGACCCAGUAGGUGACUGGGAGGUCUGUCGCGGAUCGGACAGGUUCUUCUUCUACGUCAUGUGAAGAACUUCCUCAUCUGAACUUCAUACGGAAGCCCAGAGGAGUCACGAUGGAGGAGGUGGAGGAUCCCCAGCAAACAGAGACACACACUCCCUCCAGCCGCAUGACGAGGAGGCAGCUCCUCACUUUAAUAUCCAUGGCAUCCGUGAACUUCAGCUCCAUGAUGUGUUACUCCAUAUUAGGUCCCUUCUUCCCCACUGAGGCGGUGAAGAAAGGAGCUAGUCAAACAGUCAUCGGCCUCAUAUUUGGCUGCUACGCCGUCUGCAAUUUAUUUGGUUCAUUGAUAAUGGGAAGAUAUAUCGUCCAAAUUGGUGCAAAGUUUAUGCUCAUUGCAGGACUUUUUGUGUCGUCGGGCUGCACCAUUGUGUUUGGACUGCUCGACCGGGUUCCUGCAGGACCGGCCUUCAUCACCCUGUGCUUUGUAGUGAGGUCCAUCGACGCUGUGGGCUUCGCCGCUGCCAUGACCUCCUCUUUUGCCGUGUCAGCAAAAAUAUUCCCACACAAUGUGGCGACUGUUUUGGGUAGUUUAGAGAUUUUCACAGGACUCGGCCUCAUACUGGGGCCUCCACUGGGAGGGUGGCUCUAUCAGUUGUUUGGAUAUGAGGUCCCUUUCAUGCUGCUCGGAGGUUUCCUGUUGAUCAUGGUUCCUUUCAACAUUUACAUCUUACCAACCAUAGACGCAGACCCCUCGAAGGAUUCCUUCUUUCGGCUUCUCUCCCAAGUGAAAAUAGUCCUCAUCUGCUUUGUGAUAUUCACACUAAGUGCAGGUUUGGGCUUCUUGGACGCCACGUUGUCCCUGUUUGCUAUUGAGACGUUUGGUCUGUCGCCCGGCUACGUGGGACUCAUCUUGCUCGGUUUUUCGUUGCCGUACUGUCUGGCAUCGCCGGUGAUGGGUUAUUUCACUGACAAAUAUCCUGCCACGAGGAGCUCAUUCAUGGUGGCAGGAGGUCUGGCCACAGCUGUCGGGUUCUGUUUCCUCGGCCCCGUUCCUUUCCUUCACAUCCAGAGUCAGCUGUGGCUACUGGUGCUCAUGCUCUGUGUCAUUGGGUUUUCUCUGGGCAUUACUGCACUCCCCACGUUCCCCGAGAUCAUCACAUGUGCAUAUGAAAAUGGAUUUCAAGAAGGACUAAGUACUCUCGGAAUGGUGUCUGGGCUGUUUGGUGCAGUUUGGUCAUUUGGGAUGUUUUAUGGCCCAGUAGUCGGUGGUCUUCUCACACAGCACCUGAGCUUCCAGUGGGCGGCUGCCGUCCAAGGAGCUCUGGCGUUUAUGGCAGCCUUUCUCCUCGCUGUGUAUUAUCUCGUUCAACGACCAAAGCAAAGGGUUUCAGAAGAUGGGAGCAGACAAACAGAUGAGAUCACUCCUCUGCUGAAUGAAUGAGAGCCUCAGAAACACUGGGGCGGUCGCUACACUGAAAACAACCAGAACCUAAUGUUUCACCAACUUGUGUCCUUCGGCCAGUUAAGAUGCUUUGUAACAACUUUUUGUUUUGCAGAUUGUCAUGAUUUUUACUUGGGUUGUAGAACUAUUUUGUGUUGUGCUUGUUUUUAUAUAAUAGUAUAAUUAUGUUUCUAUGAAUUGUUUUAUAGUUGGGUUCUAACAACCAUGAAACAAAGCAGUGGUCAGACUAUGAUUUCAUGCUGCUGUUCAAAUUACCUGUGGAUGAAUGUAAAACUAACAAAUAUUAGUCAACCACAUUCCACAAACUAAAUGUGCUUUUUGUUCUGCAGCCCGGCUCAAUUAACCAUCUUAGUUUUCUACAUCACAAGACUUGGAUUUCAAGAGCUGCCACAUAACCACUGACAUGAAGGAGAAGAACCAUGUUUGUAACGUCGUCUUUUAAGAGAUCUGUCAGCUAACAUAAUAUACAGUUUAACUUCAUAUAGAUUGCACUGUAAUUAGUCAUAUCGUAUGGUGCUGUUGAUGAAUGAAAGAAAAUGCAAAUAAGAAAACAUUUCUGUAUGUAAGAAAUUCUUUAAAAUCAUUUUGAAAUAUGCAGAAAA